AUGUACGCUGUGGAUUCACGGACGGUGUAUUGGCAUCCUGCUCAAGUUCGAGCUUUAGUUCCAUACUUCGAUUUCGUGAACCACAGCGCUUGCCCAAACUCGCGGUGGAUCAUGAACUCCGACGGUUCUCUAAGGCUUCUUGCAACUGGACAUAUCGAGAUUGGUGAAGAGGUGACCAUUACGUACGAUUCGAUUCCCAAUGCGCGAUUGCUGGUGACAUACGGUUUCGUGCUUGAGGGAGAAGGUCCGCACAGGAGCGUGGACAUGAACCUCUCUUUCGGGCAGCUGCCAGAUGCGCUGAAUGAGGUUGUGCAGGUGCAGAUUCUUGGAAAUGGUGCGCUGAGAAGAAGAGCGCCACUGCUCCAGCUGCUGCGCAGCCUCAGGCUCUCCGAGGCCUCCCUGGCAGAAGGCCUUGUGCAGCAGGUUUCCGCGGAGCUGGAGCAAUGGCAAGCCACUGAUGCCAGGGAAGACGGCCGUCUAGCCUUGCUGAUCCGCAUGAGCAUCGAGGUCUUGCAAAAUUUCCUUCAACAGGUUUCGUCGUGGAUUCAGGAAGCUCAACUCAAGUCAAUCAUGGCUGCAUUGGGGCCGCCGCCAGAGGCUGUGGAAGUUCGCAGCGCAUCAGAGGAUUCGCAGGACAGUGGGUGA